AUGGCUUCCAAGAAGGACAUGCGAAGGGCCGACCUGGUCAUCCCCUACCAGGCGCCCAAGCCCAAGGAGACGCAGGAGCUCUCCUCCACUCUCUCUAGCACCCUCCCCAUGGCCGUCAUGCUGACGCGCAACCGCUUCAUCGGAUGGGCUGCCGUCAUCUACAGCGUCCAGAACUGGCUUGGCGAGAGCGAGGAUCAGAAGAAGACCGCCACCACUCCAGGCUACUUCAACGUGACCAUGUCCCGUACGCAACCCCGCUCCUCCUCCAUCACAAAAGGUGCUAACAACCACAUCACAGUCGUCUCCCUUCUCGUCGCCUACCUGCCCCUCUUCCUGCCUCCUAAGCUGGCCGCUGCCGCCACUGGCACUGCGCCAGCCGCUCCUCUUCCUUUGCAAUGA